CAGAGCUGUCGUCGGUGCCGUAUACUAACCAUAUAGUACCGCUCCUGGUGAUCCCCAAGUCCAAAGUCUCUUCCACCAACCCCCUCUGCUAUCUUCUACAUUGGUAUAAGAUACCACCAGGUUCUUGCGUGGACUGCGUGCAUUUCCCUAGUACCCAAAAUAGUCAAAGCUAACCUUCUCGCGAAGCCGAUGAUCAUCGCCAAACAGCCACUGCCGGGGGAUGAGGUCGACUUCCAGGAUGCACCCCCUUCCUAUGAUGCACUGGACAACGUCCCUCCGCCAUUGCCCCGAGACGAGAAAGCCGGGCCCUCGACAACGUACCCGCCUGCUGCCCCGCACCUCCCUUCGUCUACCGCUCUCAAAUCACCUAUCACCCCUCCUUCGAAGAGCGCUGGAAAGCGCCCCUCCUCCUCCUGGUUUAACUUUGGCCCAGCUGCACGAGCGAGCAAAGAGGUCCGGACGACGAUCCAGGGCCUCAUCCGGGACCUCGUCAAGCAAAAUGACCCGCACGGUGCGCUCGGCGUGCUCGAGAGCUGCGCCGACGCAUGCCGCUCCUUCGACCUCGCGAUUUCCUCUCUCCUCCAGGAACGCACCAUCGAGGGCCAUACCCCGCUCUACUGGGCGAUCAUCAAUCGCCCUGCCGAAUCCGCCCCAUCCGAUGAACCUGACUUAGUCACCGCGCUUCUCUCGCACGCUGCCCCAUUAUCCGACGCAACAGUGGACGAGCUCCGUCUUGCAUGUCUACAUACGUCCGACCAUGGGCUCUUCCAGCGACUCCGGCGCACGCCUGCCUUUUCACCACUCUCUGGGUCGGACGAGCUGAUCCUGGGCGGGAACGUGCCGGUGGACGACGUCGACGUUGAGGACGUCCCCGGCGACGAGUCCGGGUUCGUCGCGCGUUUCCGGAUGCCGAUGUUCCAAAAGCGGAUGCGGAUCUCAGAAGAGAUCAGUCUCGAGUUCAUCGCUAAAGGGCGGCUGUGGGCGCUCAAGUUCAUCGUCGCAAAGGACCACGAGACGCGCGCAGGCUACCAAUUCAUGCGCCCCGGAAGCUGGGUCGCCGUGCUCUCUCUCCUCCCGCACAGCCCUCCGACGUGGAUAGACUCGCGGCUUGUCAUCGAGGACCCCCGCGCGCGGACACAUCCGCCUCCGCCCCCGGACCCCACGGGGCCUCCCACGUCCCUGCGCGAGGCGGUGGAGGGCAUGAUGCAGUUCGACGCGCAGCCAGGCUCUGCGAAACCGAAGCCGAAGAUCGAGCUGCGCAUGAAGCGUUCGGAACAGCUGACUGCGCCCCCCAACAUGCGCUACCCGAACCACUCCGUUAUCCCUGCGCCGUUCGAGGAGAACACGCUCGCGCACAGUCUGCAGUUCAAGGGCUGUCCGUACAUCGAGAGCGACGGAUCGCUUGUAGCCAGACUGGAGGCGAGGCUUGUCCAGCCAAGUGGCCAGGACUGUAUCAUUUGUUGAGAUGUCACUACGAGUCACCGGUGUAUGUUAUCCAGGAUAUGUAUAGUAGUAGUACCUGGUUUCCGAUAACCCUCUCCCCUUCCGGAUGCACCCCUGCUCACCCUUUCAUGCCUCUAAGUUACUAUGUACUUAUAGAUACCCCCGGAUUGUUUCGGUAUAAUGUAUGAUGUCGAGAGGAU